CGCACUUGCUCAGACGUUUUUCGUCUGUCAGAGAGCAUGGUUCUUCUGAUCGGAUUAUCUUGGUUGCUGAGUUUGGUAGGAGUGAUCGAUAGCCAGACGCAGCUGACGACGAUAAAGCUAUUCAAAGCACAGAAGACAUGGAACGAUGCACUUCAGUUCUGUUCAGGAAAAUCCAUGAAUCUCUUGGAGGUCAGAACCAAGGCCAAGGCUGACGCUCUCGAUUGGAUAAGCAUCAACACUUUGGUUUGGCAAAACAAAUUCCAGGAUAGCUGGAUAGGCCUACACGACCCCGACUCCUCCACGAAGUUCGGCUACAGCUGGGCCGAGGGAUGUACGCCGCACGGUCAAGAAGGGACGUCCUGGAGUGACUGGUACACCAAUGAACCUCUUAACUACAAUUCCAACAAGUGCGUGAAAAUUGUGAAAGAGGGAUCUGUAUUUGCCUGGAGGGCAGAGUCUUGCAAUCAGAAGAAAAUGGUAUUCUGCGAGUCGGUCGGAGGUAAUUGCACUUUUCAUCGACAAAACCAGGAUGUGUCUAUCAGCGUAUUAGCGACCGUCUCCAAGUCAGAUAUUUUGAACCUCCAAGCCUGCCAGUUCAAAUGUUCCAUCUACAAAGACGCAUCAGUGGAGUGCUGGGGAGUAACCUUUGCUUCGUCGUGUGUAUUCCACGUUGCCAGUGGUCCGAUUCCGCUAGGCAGUCCUUUGGAUUCGUCAACCUUUUACGCCAAGAAAUGUUUUGUUGGGGCUUACGAUGGCACCGAUGAUCAGAACAGCCCUGACACCAGAUCUGACCCCGGUACUGACUGCAUUGCAGGACAAGCAAUGGCUGAACUGGCUACGACCACUACCACUACGACAACUACAACUUCAACAACGACCACUACAACUACUACUACUACUCCAACAACGACCACUACAACUACUACUCCAACAACGACCACUACAACUACUACUCCAACACCGACCACUACAUCUACUACUCCAACAACGACCAGUACUACUACAACUCCAACAACGACCACUACAACUACUACUCCAACAACGACCACUACAACUACUACUCCAACAACGACCAGUACUACUACAAUUCCAACAACGACCACCACAGCUACUACUCCAACAACGACCAGUACGACUACAACUCCAACAACGACCAGUACGACUACAACUCCAACAACAAACACUAUCCCGACAACUUUAACUACUGUAACUACCAUUCCAACGACUGUCACUCCUGCCACUACAACUGGUACAUCUACUACACCAACAACGACUGUCGCUCCGACCGCUGCUGCCGGUACAACUACGACUCCAACACCAACCGCCACUCCUACCACUACAACUGGUACAUCUGCUACGCCAGUAACGACUGUCGCUCUGACCGCUGCUUCCGGUACAACUACUAUUCAAACAACAACCGCCACUCCGCCAACUACUACUACUACACCUAUACCGACCAGUACGUCUGCAGCAACAGCAGCCACCAGUUCAGUCAUCACCAGUGUGGCAACUAAUACUCCUACUCCAUCUACAGUAGCAACAGGGGCGCCAUCUGUAUCGCAAACAGCAGCGACGACUACAACAGCUAAUGGGCUUACAGUGAACUCUACCACACAGUCUUUUGCUGACGCCUGGGGUCUGCUGGGAUAUGACAUCUGUUCCUGCAAUUGCAACUCGACUGACAACAAAACCCUUGAGGAGAAAAUUGAAGAAAUUGUUUUAUUUUUAACUGUCGACAAAUCAAAAACAUCCAAGAGUAUUCGCAAGAGAAUCAGUGUCCCAGACAACAGACCGAGUGCUCAAAACAUCGGAUUUCUGGGUAUCGCGGUUCUAGUUGCCACAGGUGGACUCUUUCUUGUGGCCGAUUCCACGUACAUUUUCCAAAUUUUCAAAUUUAUAUGCAGAAAGAAAAGAGGACCUGGCUAAUGUAUGUC